UGUUAAAAAUAAUGCGGCACGUUUCAAUUACUAACAAUUGCCACACUUUUUGCUCUCAAAUCGUGUUCUUGUCUAGCUCCUAACUCCCAUUUUCAUACCUCUUCACCGGCGCCAUUGGCGAUGCUAGGUUUCAGUUCUUGUCUGCUGGUGUGUUAAAGGAGCGAUUAAGCAUAUAUUUUUCAUUUUCAACGCAUUUUCAGGGAUUAUCUUUGCAAGAAAUUUGUAUACUGUUUCAACAUGACUGUGAACACAAUUCUUUUGGAUUUCACCGUCGACAAAGAGGUUGUGGCUGAUCGUCAUAAGAGAGACCUUGCAUUAAUGAACAUAGAAGCAGCUCUCAAUGAGUUCAUUCGUAAUUCUUCUAAGAAACAUUUUAUGGAGAUGCCAGGAGGAUUUUUACAAGUACUGACUGCUGAUAGAGGUGUAUUUAUAACUGUUCGUGGUUUUGUGGAAGGAUUGAUCUCUAUAAAUAUAGAAUAUUUCAAGGGUGAGGAAGAACCACCUUUGUUUAAUUACGAGGAGGGUCGAUUGCUGGAGUCAAGUGUGCAAUGCGCUCUCAGAUCCAAUCGCAGUAAGAUGUUCCCUCCCAUACGUCGUGGUGCUCCCUUUGAUGUGUACCUUACCUCCUCAGAUGAAAGAAUUCUGGAGUAUGACAUUGAUGAAGUGCUAUUUGAAGAAAAAUCCCCCUACCAAAAGGUUCAAAUUGUUCAUUCAAAAAGCUUCGGAAACCUUCUUCUUCUUGAUGAUCUUCAGAAUCUUUCUGAACGGGAUCUCAUCUACACAGAGACACUCAUGCAGCGAGGAAAAGAAGAUUAUCGUGAUAAAGAGAUUGUGAUUCUCGGUGGUGGGGAUGGUGCUCUUUUGUGGGAACUGUUAAAGGAACAGCCCAAGUUUGUGACUAUGUUGGAGCUGGACAAAGUCGUUAUGGAUGCAUGUAAGAAGUACAUGCGAAGUGCCUGUGGUGAUUGCUUGGACAAUUACAAUGGAAGUAACUAUGAGAUAAUUGUUGAUGACUGUGUUAAAGUAUUGAACAACUACAUUAAAGAGGGUCGUAAGUUCGAUUAUGUGUUUGGGGAUUUGACGGAUGUCCCAAUAUCUCCAACUCCUCAGGGUGAAGUGUGGGAUUUCAUUCGCCUGAUUCUUAAUAAUUCUCUAAAAGUUUUGAAACCUGAUGGAAAGUACAUGACCCAUGCUAAUGGAGCUUCUAGCCCAACUUCCCUGGAAAUGCUUGAGAGUGAGUUUUCAAAACUGCAGCCCUCAGUAACUUUCACCCAAGAUAGUGCAUUUGUUCCCUCCUUUAUGGAGGAUUGGGUGUUUUACCAAGUGAGUUUUAAAAAGUAAUGAGAUGUACCACAUUACUGGCUCAACGGGAAGUGAUACCAAAGACCAUAGUAUUUACAACUUUUGGAAUCAGCUAUCAGUUUCCUGAGUUAUUGUAGUUCCUUGUGUUCAUUUGCAUGGUGAUCAUCAGUUGGGGCCAAAAAGUACCUCUACAGUAGUUUGACGUUAACAUUGUUGUAUCUUGUGUUUUCUUCUUGUUCAAUUGAAUUUAUAUUGUGAAAGGCAAUCAAAAAUCUAACUACCAAGGGUUAGCCUAGUCAUUUGAAAAGUAACUAGUCUUCAUCACUUACUUUACUUAGGUAGUAAAAUUGGAAAGGUUUUCAAUCUUAUUCCAUGAUUUGAAUUAAAAUCUUCAUAUUCUCCGGUUUUUUCCUUGUCUUACCAUGGGACAGAAAUGACAGUUAUAAUUAUUAUUAUUUUUGCAUUUUCAGAAGUAUGUAACAUGCAUUUAAUUUUAUUGAUGAUAGUUGAAAUUCUGCUUAGACAAAAGGCUGCAUUUUAAAUUUCCAUUGAAUGUUUGUCUUUUCCGAUAUUCUACUGUUUAGUUAGAGAGUCAUUCAGCAUUGGACUGAACUGUAUUUUGUUCUUGUGCCAGUCCAUGUCUACCUGAUUAUUUUGUGUCUUAAGUUAGCUUCAAUAUUUUUGUGUAUGUUUUUUGUGCUUGUGUCAUUGCUCAGUCACCGGGAUAUUUGAGAGCUUAUUUGUUUUUCAUUGUUUGUUCGAUUGUGAAAGUUUAGUCAUAUUGGCGUUCCUACGUAUUAAACUGAAGAUGUACAACCAUA